AUGACUGAUGUUAAUGAUGAUUCGGAGCUAUUAGAAUACAAUUUAGAUCAAUACGAUGAGGAGGAUGAGGAAGAAGGACAACCGUAUUACACGUCAAAUGAAGAAGACCCAUAUAUUACCCUCAAUGACGAGGAUGAUGAAACUGAUGAUUUUCGAAUUUUGGCCACAGACAGUGUUUUAGUAGCAGCAAAGACCGAAGAUGAGGUUUCACAACUAGAAAUAUAUGUUUAUGAAGAAUCUGAGGAUAAUCUCUAUGUGCAUAACGACAUUAUCGGCAAUUAUGUUGCAAUAGGGACAUUCGAGCCUGAAAUCGAGAUUUGGGAUUUGGACGUAUCGAAUUCAAUGUAUCCUGACGCAAUAUUAGGCAGACCAAAUAAAGAACUUAAGAAGAAAAAGAAGAAGGUACAACAAGUGGAAUGGCAUUCCAUUGAGCCUACCAUCAUGCUAACCGCAUCUUUUGAUAAAACUGUGGUUGUAUUUGAUAGUCGCACACCUAAAAAUGUCGCAUCUUGGAGUCUCGGAGAUGCGGAUCCAGAAUGUGUACGCUGGGAUCCAUUUACUCCUCAGUAUUUCUACGGAAAAGUUUUUGCUGCGCAAUUUUGUUUAGACCUACCUUUUCAUUUGGCGGUAGCUGGUUCAGGGGGGAAAGUACACAUUUGGGAUUUGUCAACCAAUGCAGGAAUAAGAAAUUCAUUUAAAGAAACAAUAAAUGAAGAAAGCGAGAAUGAUGAUGACGAAGAGGAGAUAGAUCUGGAAGAAAUAGAAAAUGAUAGCGGAGAUGAU